UUAGCUCAAUGGGAAAUGAUGGCCCAUUGUUGAUUGCUUUAAUGCUCUUAGUUUCAUUUCAGAAGAUUUCGUGUGCGAGGGAUACCAUUACCUCCACACAGUUCCUUAAAGAUGGGGAAACCAUUGUUUCUUCUGGUGGAAUCUUUGAGUUGGGAUUCUUUAGCCCAGCCAAUUCAUUGAAUCGCUAUGUUGGAAUAUGGUACAAGCAAAUACCAGUUUUCACAGUGGUUUGGGUUGCCAACAGAGAUACACCCAUCACCAAUACCUCUUCUUCAGUUGUCUUCCAUUCAGGAAGUCUAGCUCUUGUUGAUGGUCACAAUUCCAUUCUAUGGCAUACUAACACUUCCAUAUUAGUCCAGAAUCCAGUUGCCAAAUUAUUAGAUUCUGGAAAUCUGGUCAUUACCGAUGCAAACAACGAUAAUUUCCUGUGGCAAAGUUUUCAUCAUCCUACAGAUACUCUUAUGCCAGACAUGAUGUUUGGAAAGAAUUUCAUCACUGGUGUUGAGAUUGGUAUGUCAUCAUGGAAGACAGAAAUCAAUCCAGGCGUCGGGGAUCAUAAAUUUUUCCUCGAACCUACAGGAUAUCCACAAGUGGUCAUAAAAAGUGGCGCGAAAGAAGUGCUUCGUUCAGGACCAUGGAAUGGUGUGGAUUGGAAUGGAACACCAGGCAUGGACAUGUUGGGAAGCAUCGCUGAAACUUCUGUGAUUGCUAAUGCAGCUGAGUUUUUUGUGUAUUAUAAGGUGUUCAAUAGAUCAAACUUGGUAAGGGCAAUGAUAUCAAGCUCUGGGAAUUUACAGUUCUUCUUAUGGGCAGAUGGUUCAGAGGAAUGGAACACUCUCUAUACUGCACCAACAGAUAUUUGUGACAGAUAUGGAUACUGUGGAGCAUAUGGUAUUUGUUACUAUGAUAACUACCCUUCUUGUAGCUGUUUAGACAAAUUUUUGCCUAAAAACGCAGGAGGGUGUGUUCGGAGGACACCCUUGAGCUGUCAAAAUGGAUCAUCAGAUGGAUUCUUGAAAUAUAAUGGUCUUAAAUUUCCAGAUACAAAGUUGUCGUGGUUCAACAGCAGUAUGAACCUUCAAGAGUGUGAGCAGGUUUGCUUGAAGAAUUGCAACUGUACAGCUUAUUCGAGUUUAAAUAUAAGCAAUGGAGAACAUGGUUGUUUGCUUUGGUUCGGUGAUUUGAUUGACAUUAGGGUGGUACCUGAAAAAGGGCAAAAUAUUUUCAUCAGGAUGGCUGCUUCUGAUAUAGAUUACACUUCAAGCUCAAAGGGAAAUGGUAAAAAAUUAAAAGUAAUAAAAUUGAGUUCCUCAUUGUUAAUUGGACUGCUGGCUCUAAGCUCGACUAUGAUUCUGAUAUUCUAUAAACGGAAAAGGAAGGAGAUGGAAGCAGUUCAACCAGAGUUAUUAUUGGUAGAAGAUCAGACACUAUUUGAAUCAUCUACAAUAAUAAGAGCUACCGAUAACUUUUCAAUCACAAACAAGAUUGGAGAAGGAGGAUAUGGACCUGUUUACAAGGGUGUUCUAGAUGAUGGUAGGGAAAUAGCAGUAAAAAGGCUUUCAAAGACUUCUACACAAGGGCUUGAAGAGUUCAAAAAUGAAGUCAAUUUUAUUGCCAAACUUCAACAUAGGAAUCUUGUGAAUCUUCUUGGAUGGUGCAUUAAAGGAGAAGAAAAGAUGUUGAUAUAUGAAUAUAUGCCAAAUAAAAGCCUUGACUCAUUUAUAUUUGAUCAUGAAAGAACAUUACUUGAUUGGACGAAACGCUUCGACAUUAUCAAUGGAAUUGCCAGAGGGCUAUUGUAUUUGCACCAAGAUUCACGACUAAGAAUUAUCCAUAGAGAUCUCAAAGCUAGUAACAUCUUGUUGGAUAUUGACAUGAACCCAAAGAUAUCGGACUUUGGCCUAGCUAAAAGCAUUGGAGGAAAUGAAACUGGAUCAAAUACUGGCCGAGUAGCUGGAACACAUGGUUACAUGUCACCGGAGUAUGCAGGAAAUGGGAUGUUCUCUACUAAAUCAGAUGUCUUCAGUUUUGGUGUCUCAAUGCUAGAAAUUGUGAGUGGGAAAAGAAAUAGGGGAUUUUCUCACCAAGAUUACUAUGAGAACCUUCCCAGCCAUGCUUGGAAGCUUUAUAGAGAUGGUAAAUCAAUUGAACUACUAGAUGAGCAUUUGGUUGAAUCGUGCAAUUUGACUCAAGUUCUACGAUCAAUCCACAUUGGGUUAUUAUGCGUUCAACAACACCCUGAAGAUAGGCCUAGCAUGUAUUCUGUAGUUCAGAUGCUAUAUAAUGAUGCUGACUUGCCCAUUGCUAAAGAACCUGGGUUUUUCACAGGAAGGACAAUUGGGGCCCAGAUAUCUACAGCAGAAAUUACUGAUUCCAUAAAUGAGGUCACCAUUUCAUUGUUAAAUCCUCGUUAAAAACGAGUACAUAAUGGGGCUGGGCUAUCUAGUACCUUAUUUCCCCAAGUUUCUGUGUUUUUUCUAGCAUUCAUAGUUACAAGUUUAGUCAUAAUGGUGUGGAAUGUUGGAUUAUUGAACCUAAAACUCUUGUAGCAUACAAUGACAGCAAAAUAAAUAUGCAUGUAACAUUAGAACUUGGAUAAAAUUUGAAAUCUUUAGGAUUCAAUAAUUUGGAACUCUUCUUA